GUAUUUUAAUAGAUGUCUAUGGUACGCGUGUUCUUUAGCGCUUACGUUAGUAAGUUCAAUAAAAUCCCUUCGAGCACCAGUUCCGGACCGCAAUUUCACCCGGCCUGGGCCGCUAGAAUUUUAUUUCCUUUACUUACUUUAAUUUGUAUGAAAAUAUUGGCGCUGCGACGUUUCUUUUACGUGUGGUACUCGUUUCUCACCAAUCGGGGCAGAAGAGUACCGCAAAGCUCCAAUUGUUCUGACAACUAGAAGCGAGGAAGAGUACACAUAAACAUCAACAUUGCUGCAUCCGUCGCGACUGCAAGAGAAAUGGACACCCGAGCCUUGAAGAAUCACUAUCCUGACUACAAUGGGAGCCCUGAGCUGACGCAGUCGCUGUUUGACUCCCACGGCAAGCUGACGUCCGAGUUUUCCCAGCGGCUGAGGAGCAAGAUCGACGAACUCCUAGCUGUCAUGGAGGGCGGGUUGAAGUCUGCUGACCCGAGAAACUGCACCAGUUACACAGGCUGGGCAGGCAUUGCACUCCUCUACCUGCACCUCCACCGCCUUUUCAAGCAGGAGGUGUUCCUCCAGAAGGCUCUACAACACGUCAGCCGCAGUUUGAAGUGCCUGACCCGCCGUGAUGUCACCUUCCUUUGUGGCGAUGCAGGACCGCUGGCUGUUGCCGCUGUGGUGUACCACCGGCUGCAGAGGCAAGGGGAGGCCGACGAGUGCAUCACCCGUCUGCUGCAGUAUCACCCGGCUGUUGUGAAGGGUUCGGGUGGGUUGCCCAACGAACUGCUCUACGGUCGAGUUGGUUACCUCUAUGCUCUCGUCUUUAUCAACCAGCAGCUCGGGACCAACAGAAUCCCACUGCAGCACAUCCAGCAGAUCAGUGAAGCCAUCUUGGCUUCGGGUGAGCACCUGAGUAGGAAGUUUCGUGUCCAGAAUCAGAGCCCCCUCAUGUAUGAGUGGUACCAGGAGCAGUAUGUCGGUGCAGCCCAUGGACUGGCCGGCAUCUACUACUUUCUCAUGCAGCCAGGAUUUGUUGCAGCUGAGGAGAACGUUCACAGACUGGUCAAGCCCAGCGUUGACUACAUUUGCAGUCUUAAGUUCCCCUCAGGAAACUACCCUCCCUGCAUCGGGGAUGAUCGCGACCUGCUGGUGCACUGGUGCCACGGCUCCCCGGGCGUCAUUUAUAUGCUCCUGCAGGCGAACGCUGUAUUUGGUGGUUCUCAUUACCUGGAGGAUGCUCUGCUGUGUGGUGAGGUUGUGUGGCGGUGGGGCUUGCUCAAGAAAGGCUACGGGUUGUGUCAUGGCGCAGCAGGCAAUGCUUACACCUUCUUGGCUCUGUAUCGUCAAACACGGGACCUCAAGCACCUUUACAGAGCCUGCAUGUUUGCAGAUUGGUGCAUCAACUAUGGCUCACAUGGCUGCAGGACACCAGACACGCCCUUCUCACUUUUUGAAGGCAUGGCAGGUACCAUCUACUUUUUGGCCGACCUCCUGCAGCCAACACAAGCACGCUUUCCAGCCUUCGAGGUGUGAGGCGCCCCAACCACAAGCCCAUAGGUAGAUGUCCCGCUGUGACCCGACAAGACUGGAUAUGCCAUUUCCACAUUCUUCCUGCUAUUCUUCACACUCAUUCAUUGUCAAAUUCAUGUCAGCUUCUGUUAAAGGGAUUGAUGCAGCGGAUUCCUCCAGCAUUCAAGCGACCGCUUCAACAAUUAAUUGAUGAUCUAAUUAAUCGACAACUGUUUUGGUAUUGGAUUGUUUUGGUUUUUUUAUUUUAAAAUGUAAACAUUUUUUUAUUUCCUUCUUCAUCCAUGAAAGCAGACCUAUUAUCUUUGUAUUUUAGGCAAAACAAGAUAUUCACACACAUCAGCUUUGACUUUUCCAAUAGCAACAUGGUCCAAAGAACCAGGAAGAGCAGCUAAAGAGAAGAAAGCCUUUACAACACACUAUGGACAUGUACAGUGGUGUGAAAAAGUGUUUGCCCCAUUCAUGAUUUUUUUUUUGUUUAUCACACUUAAAUGUUUCAGAUCAUCAACAAAUGUAAAUAUUAGUCAAUGACAACACAACUCAACACAAAAUGCAGUUUUUAAAUGAAACUGUUUAUUACUAACAGAGAAACAAAAUCCAAACCUACAUGGCCCUGUGUGAAAAAGUGAUUGGAAAAGCUUAGAAAGCUAUUUCUAAAGCUUUGGGACUCCACUGCUGAACAAAAACAACAUUAAGGCUCGUCUAAAUUUGGCCAGAAACUUUUUGGAAGGUGUGUGUCCCAUUACAUCUGGCAUAGCUUUCAGAAAAAGAACAUCAUAGCAACAGUAAAAUAUGGUGGUGGUAGUGUGAUGGUCUGAGGCUUUUUUGCUGCUUGAAUUCUGCUGAAGGAGUCCGGCCAUCUGUUGGUGACCUCAAGCUGAAAGCAACUUGGGUUCUGCAGCAGAACAAUGAUCCAAAACACACCAGCAAGUCCACCUCUGAAUGGAUAAAGACUUUGGAGUGGUCUAGUCCAAGUCCUGACCUGAAUCCUAUUGAGAUGCUGUGGCAUGACCUUAAAAAGGAAAAGCCUCCAAUGUGGCUGAAUGACAACAAUUGUGCAAAAUUCCUCCCCAGUGCUGUAAGAGACUCAUUGCAAGUUAUCACACGCUUGAUUGCAGUUGUUGCUACUAAGGGGGGCCAACCACUUAUUAGCUUUAGGGGGCCAUCACUUUUUCACACAGGACAUGUAGCUUUGGAUGUUUUUCCUCCCUUAAUAAUAACAAGUUUAAUUUAAAAAGUGCAUAAAGUGUUGAGUUGUGUUGUCAUUGACGAAUAUUUACAUUUGUUUGAUGAUCUGAAACAUUUAAGUGUGACAAACAUGCAAAAAGAUAAGAAAUUAAGAGGGGGGGCAAACACUAUGUACCACAAGCCGUGAGUUGCCAGCCAUACUCCAGUUAUUUUGUCCUUGCCAAACGAAAAUUUCCGACAAUUUUCAUUUGCGGUUGAAAAAUAUAUAUAUAUAUAUUUUUUCAAUCUGUUCUUUUAAACUACUAUAUGCUAGCCCUUGGUGGUGGUCUUAUAUUAAAUGCCAUUUGGAGCGCGUUGCAUACAAUCCCUUGAACUGGAAACACAAUUUCAAGAUUUGUAAAAAAAGUUUUGCAUGUAGGAGUGAGGAGCGAGUUGAAGUCGUCUGCUAAUUUUGCCGUAUUGGAUCGCUUGCACUGUCUGAGCAAUAAAUUGUGCUUUUUCACGCAACUCUUGUCGUUGUUAUCGUGCAGCAGCACAGAAUCACCGCAAGGUGGAAGCAGUGGUCACCACCCCCCAUGAGAGGAAUUCAUCUGUAAUAUUCCCAUUAUGCUCAAUGGAUCAUUUCUAAAUAACAUGGUUUAUCGUAAUAACUGCACGCGUCUCUUAGCUCACAAUUACAUCCGAGCAAGUGGGUCAGGUCUUGUGUGUCGCUUCCUCAGCGUGACAUUUGGCUCGACUGCUCUCCUUUCCAAAUAAGGCUCACAAUUUAGACGCCCCAACACCACGCAACGACACAAUGCCACCGCUCUUUUUUUAAGCCUUGGGCCUUCUCUGUCACCGGCGGGUGGCAGGAGGGUUGGUGGACACGCAGGGGGGGAGGUGGAGAGUUAGCUCCCUAACCUCCUCGCCACCCCCACCUCUCCACAUCUCCGAAACCAAACACCUCAGACAGGAAUGAUUAAAAAUAGAUCUGUGCCGGGGCGUGUUCACCGUGUUCGCCCUUUCCUACAAACACCCUUAUCCUCGGCAUCUUACUGUGCAUCGCUUUUAUCAUUUGUUUGUCACCUUUGAUGCCAAUCCCAGCUCAGUAUGGACCAUUAAAAAGCCAGUAUCCCCCUCGAUGGUGGACGCUUGGAGUGGUAACUACGCUGCCCAGAGGACUCAGUACCAUGGAGAGCGCUGAAGAUGAUGACGAUGGGAGCUGCCACGCGCGUGCCGUUUUAUUGAAUUAUUCUGUCGUCCAGUCGGACGUGUGUCACUUGCAUACUUUCUAAGCAUGCCAAAGUUUAGUCCAAAACAUAUCCUGCUGUUAUUUCACCAUUAAAAAAACGUAAAUUAUCUCAGAGGCCUUCCAAAGCGAGGCCCGGUUUGAAUGUAUUUUCACCAUCAGUCCGGCAAACCCCCCUAAAAUACUUUUGUAGUUUAAAGAAUCUUGAAACUCAACGUCUUGAUUCCAAAAAUAGCC